AUGGCCGCCACCGGCAGUGCACAGAUCUAUGAGGGGCUGAACCACGCAACCGCGAUGCCGGAGCAGCGCAAGGGCCCUCGCUGGCACCUCAUCGGUGCCGGCGUGGCGCUGCUGGCGGUCGCGGGCGUGGCCGCCAAGGCGUACGCGUCCUCCGGGGCCCUGUUCUCCGCCAGCGCCGGGCGCGGAGGCGAGAUUCAGGAUUGGGAGGAGCUCCCAGGGAUGGACAAGGUCAUCAAGAAGGCGCAGUCCUUGACACUCAAGCACCCGCUCCGCAACUUGAAUGAUCUGUUCUACGACUCCCAGCCGGAGGAACUCCCUUGGAUCCGUACCGAAUGCGUGAUCGACACCGUUCAGGCAGCAGCCUACCUGGGCCAGGCCGUUGUUUUCCUCUACAAGGCCAUCGACUACAAUGGCCUCGAGUGCCCGGACAACUCCCCGGUGGGCUGCGCCGCGAGCGUGGCAGGCUUCAUCACAUCCAUCAGCUGGAUUGCCUCGUACUUGUCCUUCGCAGCCAACGCCUGCGGCCAGGCCGUGAACUCGGGCGCGCUCUGCGCAGGCGACUUCACGGCUCUCAUGGCCAAUUUUGGCGAGAUCGCCACGGUCGGUGCCGCAGUGAAGGCGGACUGCGACUUCGGCAAGAACGCGAUCAGCAUCCUCACGAAUCCGGACCCUGUCUCCCCACCCUGGGCCCAGUUCGUCCCCGGCGGCGCCGGACCCGAGGCCGAGAAGAUCCUUGCGAUCAAGGGCCACCAGGAGGCCAAGCGCAACAGGGACUUCGACAUCACGCAGUGCGUCAUGGACGUGACCAACUCCGCCUCCUACAUCGUGCGAGUCAUCCUUCAAAUUCGGGCGGCUGGCAGCGCCUGCCCAGACCCCAAGGCCUGUGCUGUCGGGAUCAUGAACAUCAUCUCCUCCUUCGCGUGGAUCUCCCAGUUCACAGCCUUGGCCGUGUCGGACUGCCAGGUGGGUGCCGACCAGAAGGCACUCUGCACAGCCGACAUAUCCGAAACUAGGAUGCCAAGCAGCGCCCUCGAUAUGGUUGCGGCUGUGACCAACGGCCCUGCAGCCGGCAUCGCCUCCACGUCCGACUGCGCGGACCUCUGUUAUGUGCCGGCGAUCAACAUUUGCCAGAGUGUCCUGAAGAUUUCCGAGAACUAUCCGAAGAUCAAAAAGGAUGUGCUUGAGAAAGCUCGGAGCCUCCUUCGGUCCUGA